AUGGGUAUAUGCUAAGGUAGGGCUAAAACUUAGGAAGACUAAGUUCACAAGCUGAACCAACCCAUAACAACCAGUGGUGAGUUACAGAUUAAGGUGUUGCUGAAGAACAUUACUUUAAAAAUGAGUGGAGUCAGACAAUGCUCUAUUCAAUUCGAUUUUGGGUAGUGUAAGUACACAUCGCCUGUGCAUAUAGAUAACAAUGGAGAUCAUUAUUGGCGAGCUAGUUUCGAUGGAAUCUUAAAGAUGACUGAGUAGUUGAUGCGAGAAUCCCAGAUGAAAAUCUCAGUGAUGGACACUUAGGUGAUUGGAUCUGCGACUAUCAAUUUAUUUGAGGCAGCUGUAGGUCCAUUUCACUUUCAAUUACCAAUCAGAGGACAACAUACAGGGAGUGUCACUUUUGAUUUGAAAAUGAAUUAGAUUGUUUAGGCAACUCUCUAGAGUAAGUAUAUUAUAUGGGAAUUAAACUAAAGUCUGAGUGAUGUUAGAUACAAUUACAAUUUGCGUUUGGUGACUUCCCAGUUCUCAUUCAUCUCUGAACAUUCAACUACAUUUGUGAAUCCGAAUUAUCGAAAACAAAAUGAAAAGUAGAGGAGUAUAAUGUCUUCAAGUCGUAAAAGCAUUUUAGAUUAAGAUGCAUUGAGAGAUUCCAUUAUAUCCUUACCGAAAACACCCUCUAGCAGUCAAAUUUUUAAUCAUUCUCUCGACUCCAUUAUUGCAGCUACACCUUAAAAUAAAGGAUAAGUACCUGCUUCACAACCUUAUCACAGGAUAGAAUGGGAUCACUCUGGAGAUGAACUCACUUUGAUAGUAGAAUUACCAAUUUCGGAAUUUUAGGGUUCUGCUAUUCAACUAUGUUUGUGGUCAAUUUCUUCAAAUAAGAGUAGUAUGGGAAACAACAAGUCCACUAAUAAGACUACGAUAAAGAAGACUUAGAAUAAACAUGACUCUGAAUACAUGGAUCUGGAAAUCUAGGAUCAUCAUCUGGUUGCGGAAACUUAUAUCAAUUUAUAGCAUUUAGAAAAUAACUUAGUGGCUGAUUUGGGAGCUAAGUUCAUUGUAAUUAACAGCCAAUAGGCAAAAUCAAUUUGGUAUCACGGUGUUGAAGUAGGUAAAAUAGAUUAUGAAAUCAAUGUUAAAUUACCAAAUUAUUUGUAAUAAUCCUCAUUUGGUGUGCAAACUGAUAAGGGGAUAGUCUCAACUGCAUCUGUAGUAGGGAAUGUAGAAAACAUUAGUGUUACUGAGAUUAAGAUGAUUUAGAUUGAGUUUCAGAAACUAUCAAGUUCCAUCUUUAAGAUUGAGCACAAGACUCUAAAUGUCGAAGACAAAUUAAAGGUGCGUCAGGAUAUGGAUCAAUAACUGAACAAGUUGGCUCAAUUACUUGGAUAAUCACAUGGAACCAACAUAAAGACAUUUCAAUAUAAGUCAGAGGAUGACUUAAUGAAAGCCUAGCAAUUGUUGAUUCAAUUGUCCAUUCACUUAGUGGAUUAUUCGAAGACUUUGGCAUCGUUCAAUUCCUACUUUGAAUGUUUAAAUCUAGUACUUAAUAGAGGAGAAUUGAUGUUGCAAUAAUUGGGGUUCUUUAAGGCUCUAGGUAAGAAGCAAUCUGAAUUCAAAACUGAAGUUGGUUUAGAAUAUCAAUCCUUUUUGGUCAAUACACUUCGAUUCACUCUGUAGAAAUUGAAUCAAAAAGAUCCUAGUCAACAAGCAAGAUAAUUAUUCAUCAAAUUUUUAGUAAUUAGUUAUUUUCGAAUCCCAGAAUUCAGAGCUAAAUUCCUUGAGUUAAUCACAAAAGCAGAUGAUCCACAGUUGUUGGAAUUAAGAGGAACUGAAUUCAUAUAAGAGGAUGAUCCAACGAAUAUUGAUAAGAGUACAAAAACCAACAUUUAAAUAUUUGAUUGGCAGAAUUAUUUUCAUACUUAUUUGUCUGAUAAGAGCAAAGGAAUUUAGAAUCAAUCAGCUUUGAAUCAAAUCCUAGAUGAUGAGAGUUGGAAGGAACACAUCAGACACAGAUCUAUAAAUUUUAGUUUUUUUGUUGAGGAAUGGGCUAAGUAUGUUAGGAAUAUUUUGUAAGUGAAAAUACUGCCAUGGUAAGACAUUCCAGGUUAUAGAAUUUUGGUUAAGUCUUUCAUGUGUGAAUUGAAAUAGUAGGAAUCAGUACCAGAUGCUAUGAAGAUGGCUCUGAAGAGUUUGCUUCAGAAUCAGAAUUUGCUGGGAAUCGUAGUGAGUUUGUUAUUCAAUAAAACAAAUCUAUAUAAUGCAGAGCAAGUCAUAGAAACAUUUGAAAUAUUGGAUGCCUGUUUUGCUACAUUGACAACCAUGCCUGCUUAAUUCGAUUACCCUUUUUUCUUGAAAGGAAUCAAACAGAUUAUAAUGGAUUCGGAACAUGCCAUCAAUAUAGCCAAGUGCGUUUGGCUGAUAUACAAUAUUUAUCCCUUGUUUCCAAUCGACUUUAAGAAAGACAUAUGUGAAUUUCUAUUUGAGAAGGCUGUUUUCAAGUUGUUUUUGCAUUGGAGUAGAACAGUGAGAUUAGUAUUUCAUUACUUUUUACUUUAUCGAGUGUCUCAUUAACACAAGACCUCAAAAGUGGGAGGAUUGGAUGAAGAAUAGAUCAUACAGCAAUACACUUUGAUUAAUAGGCCAAAGAAGAAUUAGAGUUACUUUGAGAAUCGUCAGCCGCAAUAACAAUUGAUUUCCGAUUACAUUUACAUGAAAUAUUUGAGAUUCCUAAGCAAGUUGGAGCAAGCUAAGAUAAAUGAGAAUUAGAGGGAAUAUCAACAGGAUCAUCAGAGUUACUACAAAAAAUUGGUGCAUAAGAAGUUGAGAAGGGAAUAGGAGUUGAAGCAUAAAGAGUAAGAGGAGCCGAAGAUGAUGGAGUAAUUGAAAUUGGAGAGAAUGGCUUCGGAACAGGACGAAUCGCUUUAGAAGCAGAAUCAAUUGAAACCAGUGAUUGUGCCUCGGCCAGUGAUGCACAAGAAGUUGAGUUAUAAGCACGAGGUGGAGAUUGAUGAGAUGCAAUAACAGUACUUGAGGUUGUCCAUUAGAGAAUUCGAGGAAUAAUUAAAGAAUUAUAACAAUUGGAGAUAAUAAAAUUUAAAGAAAAUGAUUGGGAAAUAUAAUGAGGAGGGUAUGCGGCUAUUGAUAAUUGUAGACAAACACACGAUUCACUUGAGUUUUGAGGUGCCCAAGGUUGACGUAUUGAGGAGGAUCGAUGAAAAGGAGGGUGCUUGA